GAAAAUUAUUUGCAAAUUGCUAAGCAAAUUGUCAUAGGUAAAUUUUACAUUAAUAAAAAGUGGUUCCCGGGAGCGGGUGGUGUGGGUUUUGUGUUUACAUUGGUGUGGGGAUGGAGUCCUAAUUGAAGUUGCUACAUUUACCUCCUUCAUAUAUAUUGAUUUUAUGUAUGUAAUCUAAAAACUACCAAAAUGUUUAAUUUUUUGAAAAUUCGCAACAUUUUUAAAUCGGUAUUAUUUAUAUCCCUAGCUUCGCUAUUUGUAUAUUUUUUUGGUAUUCUAAACCUACAUUUUAGUGACAAAAAUGAUUAUUGUUCUAUGACUUAUAUGUUUGAAUACCCUCAAUUUGUGCGGAUAUCAUUAAACGAUGAAAUUGCAAAGACAAAAUACCCACAAUAUGGGCUGUAUGCCUAUAGUGAAGGGAGGUUUACUGAGAAAACCAGAAAGAUGUGGUUUGAUGGUAUACCAGUGUUGUUUUUACCUGGAAACUCUGGCAGUCACAUGCAAGCUAGGUCCCUGGCUUCUGUUGCUCUUCGAAAAGCUAUAUCCAAAGGCUAUGACUAUCAUUUCGACUUUUUUACAAUAAGUUAUAAUGAAGAAUUAUCUGCUUUUUCUGGAAGUGUAUUGGAGGGUCAAAGUGAAUUUGCUGCUAUGAGUGUGUCACAAAUUUUAUGUUUAUACAAAUCUAAUAAAUCUGUACCAACAUCUGUUAUUAUAAUUGGACAUUCUAUGGGCGGACUUAUAGCAAAGAGUCUAUUGUCACAUCCAAUUACAAUAAACUCAGUAAAUAUAAUAAUAACGCUGGCUUCACCUCUUCAUGUGCCAGUUGUAAACUUUGAUAUAAUUAUGAAUAAUUUUUAUAACAAACUGGAAUGUCAGUGGAAAUUCUGCUUAAGUAAUGAUGAGGAUUUAAAACAGAAGAAAAUGAUAAUCAGCUUUGGAAGUGGUCCACGGGAUAUUCUUGUGCCGCCGGUUUAUACAUCUGUUGGUGAAAGCACUGUUAACAGCCUGAAUGCUUUGGUAUGUCAAAGUUUUAAUUUACUACCGCUGUCACCGGAUCACGUGAGUAUGGUGUGGUGCAAGCAACUAGUGAUGGCAAUAAACCGAUACCUGUUCGAUAUCAUCGACACUAAUACGACGCAAAUUACCGAAAACCCGCAACUUUUGAUGGCUAAAGCACGCCUAUAUUUUAAGGCGAAUCGUUCAAUGACACUGAGUCCAGAUAUAGUUCGUUCUGAAGUUAUUUUGCCAGCGGACGCAUUUUGGUAUGAAGAUAAUCGACGAAAUUAUCAGAUAAAUCGACCAAAUAUUGACAAGGUAACUUUCUUAAUGAUCCGUCUGGUGAAGUUUCCUCAGAAUAGAUUUGUUGCGAUAGAAACUGUGAACGUGAACGAUAAGGAUUGGAUAUUCGGUUGCAACGCGAAGUUCACUCACAACACUUACAGGCAUUGCAAACAAGCAACAUCUUUGUCGGAGUUGAGUCGUUGGAGUGGCUCCGCGAAUGAAUCUGAACGUAGAAAAUUGGCAACCGUCGACCUGCAAGAUCUUAUGCAAACACAUCCUGACUGGUCUCAUGUCGUUGUUAGAGUCUCACCCACGAAAAAACCUGUAAGUUAUACUUUUACAAAAUUUAUGGGGAUUUUUUGGCGUGGUGGGGGCAACAUUGCGGAAAACGUAGCUACGGGUCUUCGUAAGAAACCGAUAGUAGUAACCUUGACUAUGGGCUUCACAACAUUAAGUUGCGGUGCCGCAGCGCUGGCGCUCGGCGCGGCCUUCUAUGCGUUUAUGAUCUCCAAAAUGUACGAAGACUAUCUCGAAGAUUACGUUUAUAAAUUGAUGGCGAUAAUAGGUAGUAGGAUAUGCAAGUUAUUUUCGUCAAAGAGACCAAAGGAAAAUAGCGAACUCUUGUCCAUAGACAGUAAGAACGACAAAGAGAACAAAGAAGAAACUAAGCCAGAAUCUAAUGUGUGCCAAUCGAAAGAGGAUACUAAAGUUAAUGAUGAUCAUGAUGCCAAUGUUGAUGAAGACUUGAGUAAAUUAAACUUCCACAUGAUGAUGUUGCUCUUAUGGUUGAUAAUUGCUAUCGUAAAUGUUCCCGUACUUUUGACUUGGGCCAGGAAUUUUAAAUAUAAUGUACCUUUAUGUCAUGAUACUUCCUACAUCACUGGCUCUGUGAUGACAUUGUGUUCGGGUGUUAUUUGGCAAAUGGAUGCACCAAAACGAAACUCGGAGUAUUAUGAAGCUGUAGCCAAUAUUAUUAUUCCAAUAAGUAUAAUUAUAUUUGUAUUAGGACCGUUUACGAUGACUAUAGUCAAUUAUGGUAUGUUGUUCAUAUUUACCAUAACAACAGUGCAGCAGCUAUUUCAUCUAUAUUAUGACGAAAAAAAUGUAAUGGUAAAUGAUGAUGUAAAAGAAGCUGACGCAUCUAAACUAUCAAGUGCAAGUGUACUAAACAAUGGCAAGAAUGAAACAAAUGAUGAAACUGAAGAGAAAAGUGAGAAAGCUAAUGAAACUCAAAACGAAAAGGAGAAAUCUAAUAAUUCAUGUGCAGAUGAAAGAUUAAACGAAGAUGUACCUGAUGAAUGUAAUGUUUGCGAUGAAAAUAGAAUAUACAAAGUAUUUAAAAAUCUCAGAGAUAAAUUUAGCUCUGUUAAUGACAUGUAGAUGUUAUAGCUAAUUUAAUCUUAUGCCAAAUUUA